AUGCGUUUGGUAUUGCUCCUAUUUUCUAUGCUACUGACGGAUGGAGUGAUCGGUCAGGACCCACCUCCACCUCCUUCUGACAAACCACCUGGAAAAGAUACCAAAGCGGAAGAAAGAAAGGAUGUCGAAAUUCCGCCAGCAGAACUCGAAGUGGGAGUACCGGCCGUGCUUGUGCAAUCCAAAGAAGUGCCUUCUUUUAACAAAUUCGAUUCUUUCUUUUCAACAAUUUAUCCAAUGGUGUGCGGAAGCAGUGUCGAAGUUGGUCCCAGAAUGGAUGCACGAGCGAGGUGCAUGCCAGAAUACAACGACAUCGUUGAAAUACAAGCAGAUGAUCAGUUAGAAGCAGAAUUCUGUAUCAGGGUGGUCAUAUGUAAACCCGGAAAAGGAAACGAAAUGUGCGAACAUGAAAGCAUAAAACUUUGGUUUCCUUAUGCGAGAAAAUUGGUCGCUGAUUCAGGAGUCGCCGACCAUGCAGCCGCCAAUCUUGAGGUUAAAAAAGGAGAGAUCGUCUUCAACGUUGACCCAGGAUGCAACUUAAAAUUGAAUUUCCCACAUACCAUGCGACACAGAUUUCUUAACAAACCUCCGGGCAUUAGGCAGAUGAUGAAAAAAUAUCCGGGCUUCUACCUUCAGCCUGCAUUCCAUCAUCCGCGAAGACUCUACAAAGGCGGUAACACGAUCUUUUUGGGAGAGCCUUUUCAACUAGGAAAGAACGUAAUAAAAAGUAUUCGAUGCUACGCUGAAUGUGAUGAAGGUCAGCUGUUCUUCUUCAAGAUGAAUCCGAAUACUCCCUUCUACGCGAAAAUCUUCGUUGAUGCAGCUGUUUGUGAUUGGUUUAAGGUCUGCAUAGCUGGCCAACAAGGGUCAAUCAAAGAGAAGUUCUUCUGCCGUGACGCCGAUAUGGUCAAUGUUUACGUCAGAAAUGGCUUUGUCGUUAUGCCUGGAGCCAUGAAUGGAGCCACUAUAAGACUGGUGAAGAGCACUAAACCCGGCCCAAGAAAUGAAAUGUAUAAGAAACGUCCCACUCAAAUAGGUUUUGAUUUUGAUGGUGAAAGGUUCUCGAUAUGGUCUGUUGGAAGAGAACGCGUAGCAUCUUCCGUUAAUGUCAAUCAUGACGGUCAUAUUGUCUUGUAUUUUUCUCAUCACAACUGCCUUGUUAAGAAAUACGGGAUAAUGCAUCUUGGUGAAAAUAAUGGAAUAGUUUAUCAAAUAGACAGAACGAAAUCAAUCGAUGGUGUAUCAACUGGUAAAGGUGGUUUUGUCACUUAUUCGCCCGCUCCUACACGAAGUCCAUUGCCUACAGUGGAAACGGAAAAAGCGACACCUAAUAUAUCUGCCGUUGCAGUUGUAACAACAACCUCAUCACGAGGUAUUGGAGACCUUAUCGGAGCAGGUAUUGGCCAAUCAAUUAGAAGAGCUCGAACAGGAUGGCUGAUUUGGGCUGUGUUUUAUGGGUUUUUCAUUGGUGCCUGUAUUGCAUUAAUACCCGGAGGCGCCUUAAUGUAUUUUGGUCGUCGUACCAUCUACGGAGAUUGGUAUCGUGGAAUGUACAAGCGCUAUGGUUGUGAUGCAUCAGGUAUUACUGGUGGAGUUACGGGAAGUCAAUUCGGAACCACUACAAGUGGAGUAGGAGGCUUGUCUACAAUUGGCACUACAACAGCAGGAGGAACUACUGGAGGCACUACAAUGGGCACCACAGGCGGUACUACGAUGGGAACAACAGGAGCUACUUCCACCUCAGGAGGCACGGAAGGCAUGACUGGAGGAACGUCUACGGAAGGAGGCACGACUGGUGGAACGUCAGAAGGAGGUACAUCAGGUAUAUCAGGAGCUACCUCAACAGGCGAUAUGGUAGCUAUGUAA